UAGAAAACAAAAUAUGGGAACUUAAGAAAUAAGUUGAAUUCCACAGCUUACUUCAGUUUCAGGAAAAAAAAGUUGGGACUUAGCAAACAAGUUUAUCUUUAUGGCUUAUAUCGGUCUUCAUCAUAUAUAAGAGAAGCAUGUAUUGUACUAAUAUUGAAGUGAUCAUUUGUUUGUAGUAGCAGUAGUAGAAGUUCAUAGGUAUUAUGGCCUACAUUCCUCCACACAAGCGUCACUCAUACGAAGCUGGUAGUAGUAGUGAUAGGCAUAAUGGACCCUCACCAAUCCCACAAUCGCUUGUUCCUCAAUUCAGGAGAAACCUUAAUUUGAGGUUGCCACCCAAACCCUUUUCACAAAGAAGUGGAAAGAUCGUUUAUAAGUAUGCAGAGCAGGCUAUUUCCACAUGGUUUCCCGUUGGUUUGGAUCACAAUCACCAGUUUCCAUCUUCUGUACAUGUUGACUCUGUUCCCUUGCAGCUUUUUGAGAGAACAACAGGAAUAAAUCCACUAGUUUUGUUCAACAACAACAACAACAACAAUCAUCCAGUUGAGCAAGUGAGGAGUCCAUGGGUGUAUAUAGCAGAAAAUGUUGUGUCAGACUUGCUUUCUUCCUUCGAAAAUGUCAAAAAUGAAAUCUUGGACUUGGAAGAUGUCAAGCCAAAGUUGGUUGCUAGAUUUGGAAAAAUUCUUUUUCAUGAGAGCCCUUCAAUCAGCGAAGAAACUACAAGAGUAGGUUUGGCUGCAGAAACUACAUUGAGUAAAUUGAGGAGAUCAUUUUACACAAAUAUUCCUAGUUCAUAUAUGUAAAACAUUAAGGGAGAAGUUGCCCAAAAGAUUAAAGUUGAUUUUGAAGAGGAGAAAGAUUUAUACCAUGUACAGGUAUUUCUUUUGCUGAAUACCUCUGCUUAUUAUAUUCACAAUUAUGCCUUUUGAUUUAGUUGGCCACUGACUUCCCCAAUUUACUUUCUCAUUUUGUAUAGUUGUCUGAUGCCACACUACCAGAUUCAACUAUUUCUUGCAAAUGCAGUGUGAUAAAAGAAGACAAAAGGCUUCAACUUUGUAAGGCAAGUUUUCUGCUUAAUAUUGAUGCACAUUGCAUUCAAAUCAUGCUUAGGUCUGAACUUGUUACCCAGGUUGCUGAUGAUUUGUUUUCUUCCUGUUUUAUUAAUUUUACGUGACAAAUAAAUCAAUUUAACAU